AUGUUAGUGGAUACACGUAUUGCAGUCUCUGAAUUUAUUUUUUUUUCUAUUUUUCUUUUUUUCUAUUCUUCUUUCUAUUUUCUUUCUUUCUUUUUUCUUUGUUUCUUUCUCUCUAUUUUUCAUUCUUUCUUUCUUUCUUUUUUCCUUCUUUCUUUCUUUUUUUCUUUCUAUUUUUCUUUCUUUCUAUUUUUCUGUCUUUCUUUCUAUUUUUCAUUCUUUCUUUCUUUGUUUUUUUUCCUUUCUUUCUUUCUUUCUUUCUUUUUUCUUUCUUUCUAUUUUCCUUCUUUCUUUCUUUCUUUCUUUUUACUUUCUAUUUUUCUUUCUUUCUAUUUUUCUGUCUUUCUUUUUAUUUUUCAUUCUUUCAUUCUUUCUUUUUCUUUCUUUCUUUCUUUCUUUCUUUCUUUUUUCCUUCUUUCUUUCUUUCUUUCUAUUUUUCUUUCUUUCUUUCUUUCUUUUUUCUUUCUAUUUUUCUUUUUUCUAUUAUUCUUUCUAUUUUUCCUUUUUUCUUUCUUUCUUUCUUUCUUUCUUUCUUUCUUUCUUUCUUUCUUUCUUUCUUCAAUAAAAUAUGCCCUCGUUUCACAUACAGUAAAAUUAAAUCAUCCAGAAAAUAAUCAUCCAUUAUCCACUUGUGAUAUCACUACAGAUAAUCAUGUUUACAAUACGUACAUAAAUGUAACAAUGUUUGCAGCCUGUAAGUAA